CCUGAGCCGCGGCCUCCGCAUGGAGGGGCCCCUCGCACUCCCGCUGGAGCCCCGGCUGCUCUCGCCGCCGCAGGGAGGCGGAGCCGUCGCCGUGCCGGAACCCGGAGGCCGGCAGCACCCGGGACACGAGACCGCGGCGCAGCGGUACAGCGCCCGCCUGCUGCAGGCAGGCUACGAGCCGGAGAGCAGCAUGGCGGACUACCUGAUCAGCGGCGGCACCGGCUACGUGCCGGAGGAUGGGCUCACGGCGCAGCAGCUGUUCGCCAACGCCGAUGGCCUCACCUACAAUGAUUUCCUGAUCCUCCCAGGAUUCAUUGACUUCAUAGCUGAUGAAGUGGACCUGACAUCAGCCCUGACCCGGAAGAUCACGCUGAAGACACCACUGAUCUCCUCUCCCAUGGACACCGUGACAGAGGCUGACAUGGCCAUUGCAAUGGCUUUGAUGGGAGGAAUUGGUUUCAUUCACCACAACUGCACCCCAGAGUUCCAGGCCAAUGAAGUGCGGAAGGUCAAGAAGUUUGAGCAGGGCUUCAUCACAGACCCCGUGGUUCUGAGCCCCUCGCAUACUGUGGGCGAUGUGCUGGAGGCCAAGAUGAGGCAUGGCUUCUCCGGCAUUCCCAUCACUGCAGCAGGCACCAUGGGAAGCAAGCUGGUGGGCAUCGUCACCUCCCGAGACAUCGACUUCCUGGCUGAGAAGGAUCACACGACGCUCCUCAGUGAGGUGAUGACACCCCGGAUUGAGCUGGUGGUGGCUCCAGCAGGUGUGACGUUGAAAGAGGCAAAUGAGAUCCUGCAGCGCAGCAAGAAAGGGAAGCUGCCGAUUGUCAACGAUCGUGAUGAGCUGGUGGCCAUCAUUGCUCGCACAGACCUGAAGAAGAACCGAGACUACCCUCUGGCCUCCAAAGAUUCCCACAAGCAGCUGCUGUGUGGGGCAGCUGUGGGCACCCGUGAGGAUGACAAAUACCGCCUGGACCUGCUCACCCAAGCGGGUGCAGAUGUCAUAGUCCUGGACUCCUCCCAAGGAAACUCUGUGUAUCAGAUCGCCAUGGUGCACUACAUCAAGCAGAAGUACCCCCACCUGCAGGUGAUUGGGGGGAAUGUGGUGACAGCAGCCCAGGCCAAGAACCUGAUUGAUGCUGGCGUGGAUGGGCUGCGUGUGGGCAUGGGCUGCGGCUCCAUCUGUAUCACGCAGGAAGUGAUGGCCUGUGGCCGGCCCCAGGGCACUGCUGUGUACAGGGUAGCUGAAUAUGCCCGGCGCUUUGGGGUGCCCGUCAUAGCCGACGGGGGCAUCCAGACAGUGGGGCAUGUGGUCAAGGCCCUGGCUCUCGGAGCCUCCACAGUGAUGAUGGGCUCGCUGCUGGCCGCCACCACGGAGGCUCCUGGCGAGUACUUCUUCUCAGAUGGAGUGAGACUCAAGAAGUACCGGGGCAUGGGCUCCCUGGAUGCCAUGGAGAAGAGCAGCAGCAGCCAAAAACGCUACUUCAGCGAGGGGGAUAAGGUGAAGAUCGCCCAAGGUGUCUCAGGCUCCAUCCAAGAUAAAGGCUCCAUUCAGAAGUUUGUUCCCUACCUCAUCGCCGGGAUUCAGCAUGGCUGCCAGGACAUCGGGGCCCGGAGCCUGUCUGUCCUGCGGUCCAUGAUGUACUCAGGAGAGCUCAAGUUUGAGAAGCGGACCAUGUCGGCCCAGAUCGAAGGCGGAGUGCACGGUCUGCACUCUUACGAGAAGCGGCUGUACUGAGGACAGCGGUGGCGGCCAAGGAAGCGGAGGGGGCGAGCCGCUGGGUUCUGCCCCCCGAACAGCCUCCCUCCACAACUGAGCUGUCCGCAGAUUUGCACUACGGGUUCCCCAACCCCUUCCCAGGGAGAGAGGAGGGGAGACCCUGAGGGGGCUGUGGCCCUGCCCUGGGCACCCCCUGCGGUCAGGAUGCUCCGUGGGCCAGGCUGCCCUAGGAGCUUGCUCUGGGCUCCCCCUUCUCCAGCCCCCUGAGCCCAGCCAGCCCAGGCUCUCAGGCCCCGUGCCUGCCUCAGGUCUUUCUCGCUGCAGCCUGCUCCAGACCAACCUCCACUCCUGGGGCAGGUGGCCCCUCCUGGCUUCUCCUGUAGAGGGCACCUCCUUGCCACCCCCCCCACCCCCAGGAAAUGGUGCUCUCCUGACGCUGCCUCUGGCCUCUUCCUUGGGCUGCUGCCCACUCAGCCAUGUGGCACUCUGGGCUCCUGGCCUAAACCAAGGGGGAGGUCUCUGCCCCCUCCCCUGGCCAGAGUUACUCUAGGUCCUGCGCCUCAACCUACUUGUCCAGCCCUGAGUCCUGAACCGGGGAGGGCCUGCCCAAGGCCACCCGCCAGUCAUUCCUGACUCUCCGCCCUCCUGGGGUGCACUAUUCCCGCCCUCUCCUCUCAGCUGCAGUCGAAGGCUUUAACUUUGCACACUUGGGGGUCACGGUUGUAUCAAUGCAUAUGAAAUCUGAAUAAAUCAAGCAGGUAUCGGUG